GAACGAUGGGGAACGAGGCAAAUAAGAAGUUCACUUGGGUGAUUAAGAACUUCUCUUCUUUCUCCCCGUAUAGUUCUCAGACUGUUUGUUCUGAUAUAUUCGUUGUUGGUCGCUGCAAAUGGCGUCUUCUCGCUUUUCCCAAAGGAUAUAAAUAUGAUGAUUAUUUUUCUCUAUAUUUGGUUGUUCCUAAUCAUGAAUCUUUGCCUUCUGGAUGGAGACGACACGCUAAAUUCUCAUGUACUAUUGUCAAUCAAAUUCCUGGAAAUGUCUCCCAACAGCGAGGUGAUAUAUAUAUAUCUAUCAGUAGAUCCUUGUCAAGUUCUGCACGUUGUAUGCUUUAUUUGAUAAUUGAGUUUCUAGUGAACAAUGAACUCAAGAUUAUUGCAGAGGUUGAUGUUCUUGAAGUUGUGGAAACUACGGACAUCGUGGAAACUACGGGCAUCGUGGAUGUCAAUGGGUUUCAAGUCCUUGUUUCACAAGUAGAAUCUGUGAACAGCUUGUUUAAAAAUCAUCCAAACAUUGCAUCAAAUGUCCGUGCAAAGAAUCCUCAUCUGAGAACAACAUACUUGAAUUUCCUACUAAGCCUGACUGAGAUUCUAUGCAAAUCUCAUGAGGAAUUCUCCAACAGUGAUCUGGCUGACGCAUAUUCUUCACUGACAUAUUUGACAAAACCGGGGUUUAAGUUGGACUGGUUGGAGAAGGCACUGAAAGAAGCUGGUGAGACUCGGAUUCAAGACAUUGAGGAAGAGUUGAAUGACUUGACUCAAAAGCGCGCGGACAUGGAUGCUCUGCUGAAGUUCUUGAAAUGACGUCGAGAGUUUACAAUCUAUUUGUUUUUGUAUCUUGGUUUUCUAGUAAUACUCUUGAGUUUUGGGAAGAAUAAGAGUCUUGUUUUGUUAUCAAGGUCCUGGAAUGUUUUAGUUUAAUCGAAGUCACUGAAUUGAGUCCAAACUUUAAAAAAAAUCACGUCGGAUUAGCGUCAACAAACAUGUCAAAGUCUUAUUAUUUGAUAACUGCUCAUUGCUAUGUUGGUGAUCAAAUUAAAUUAACAGUUCUCUCACAUCAGUAAAAGAUAAAAAAGGCUAAAAAAGCUAAUGACUUUAUUCAACAAAGAUGUACUUCAUGUGUUUGUUAAUUUGGUGUUUGCAAGCAAGUUGUUUUCUUUGAUGAGCAAGUUACCAUAUGACACCAAACCCUCUUCCUUUCAAGAUCUUUGUAUUGCCUUUCUUCUUACGCGUUCCAACAUAAUCUAACUAUUAACCAGUCAACUGUAGAUUAUCUUGUUUAUGCACACCGGAAAAAAACCUAGACCAUAUAAUGAAGAGUAUUAGUAUACUAAGUAAGGAUUGACAUGAUAGUAAAAACAAGACUUAAAACCAUUUAUUAUCAAGAUUUCAACUGAUGUCAAACCAAAUUAGAAAAACUAAGAAGAAGAACAAUCAACUUUAAAAAAAAAAAAAAA